AUGCAUAAAAUAUUAUUAUCAAUAUUGUUAGUAUUAUGCAUUUAUUUUGUAUUAGGGAAAUGUAUCAAACAUCCCAAUAUAAAGCUAUUUAUUAAUACAACACCCUAUAGUCACAAAUCGAACGAUUUUAAUUUAAUAAAAGAGAAAAAAAGAGAGAAUAAAAAAUGGAUUAAUCUUAAUAGUACCAAUGUGAACUCUUACAAUAAAAAUGAUGGAGAUGGAAAAUUAAAUACACCAAAUAAAGAUGAAUACAAGGGCGAUGAUCAAGUUGGAUUGAGUUUAAAAUUUUUGAAAGAAAACGAACAGAAGGUUAUAGAAAAUUUAAAAAAAAGAGGGAUGGAAAAAAAAGUAGAAGAUGUAAAUGUGAUGAAAAAUUUAAUUCAUGAAAAAAAUCAACUUGAAAUAGUAAGAAAUAAUCUGAGAAAUAAACGAAAAAUAUUAUCAGAUAAAGUCAAAGAUUUAAUGCAAAAAAAUAAAGAUGGGUGUGUAAAUGAAGAAAAUAUCAACAUAAUAAAAAAUGAAAUUAGUAGUAUUAAUGAAAACAUAAAUUUAAAUGAAACAAAAAUGUUUGAACUUAAAAAUAAAAUUGAUGAACACUUUAAUAAGCUACCAAACAUUCUAUUAAAUAAAGUUCCAGAAGGAAUAAAUCCAAAAAGUAAUAAAAUUGUUAAAACAUAUAAAAUAAAAAAUAUAAAUAUGUGGGAUGAUAAUGAUGGUAAUUUUUUAGACCCUCAUGAAAAUAUCAUAAAAAGAUAUGAUAAUAAUAAUGAUAAUAUAUUUAAAAAUAUAUCUAAUAAAAUAGGUUUUGGCUAUAAUAUACUUGUAAAUAAUAUAGCCAAAUUAGAAAGGGCGUUAAUAAAUUUUAUGAUAAAUGUGCAUACUAAUAAAUUUAAUUAUACAUAUGUAAAGACACCUACAAUUAUAAGUAGAUCGGCUUUAAUAAAUACUGGACAAUUACCAAAAUUUGAAAACGAUUUAUUUAAAAUUAACCAAGAUUAUAAAAUUUUAAAUGAAGAAGCUUUUCUAAUUCCAACAAGUGAAGUAUCUUUAUUAAACUUAUUUAAAAAUUCACUAAUAGAGCAUGAGCAUUUACCUAUUAAAUUAGUUAGCCAUUCAUCUUGCUUUAGAAUAGAAAAAAAUUAUACUUAUGGUAAAACUUCGAAAGGUUUAUUACGUGAACACAUUUUUGAAAAAGUAGAAUUAAUAUCUAUAACUGAUAAAAUAACAUCCUUUUUACACUAUAAAAAUUUAAUUAAACAUUGUGAAUGUAUAUUAAAAAAAUUAAAAAUACCAUAUAGAGUUGUUUUAUUAAAUUCUGUUGAAACCCCAUUCUCAGCUUCAAUAUGCUAUGAUAUAGAAGCUUGGUUGCCGAGUCAAAAAAGAUUUCUUGAAGUAUCUUCAUGUUCUAAUUGUUUAGAUUUUCAGGCAAGAAAAUUAAAUUUAAAGUUUAAAAAAAAUGACAAAAGCCUAUUUUGCCAUACUAUUAAUGGAUCAGGGUUGGCAGUAGGAAGAGUCUUAGCCAUAAUAUUAGAACAAUACCAAAUAAAGAGAAGUUCAAAAAAUGAUAAAAUACGUUUAGCUGUACCUAAAGUCUUACAAAAAUAUAUGAAAGCGUCCAUAAUUGAUUUAUAG